AUGACCGAUCAUGCACAACGACCAUAUGCCCUUACGCCCCAGCAGCAGGCAUCUGUUGAUGCCUGGGUUAAGUCCUACGAGGAGGGAAGAGCCGACCGCACAGAGGUCACUUACCAACUCACCAUUCUGCUCAACAAUGCCUGUGUUGAGCAAAAUGUCCUAUUCACGUCAGCAAUACUCCGACCCUCCUUGGAACAACUGGACGCGAUCGAUAACCAACGAAGGGUCGUGCCAGAUGAUCUCGACAACUCCGGUGGAGGUCUCGGUGUCCGCCGUCGAGAACAGUUUGGCGAGGAAGAGCCGGCGCCUAAGCGUCAAAGAGUCGACUAUGCAGCUUUCUUCAGGCCGACCGGCGCGACCGAAGAGUUCCUUGACUCCAUCUUACCAGCCAAGGUCCUUCUUGUAUCCGCGAGAGUCCAAGUCUACUCGGAGGACAUCAAGGAGGCCGUUCGCCACGCUCACACCUCCCCUUGGAUGCCGAGUUUCCCGCCUAACCUCUGGAAGCAAGUACUCCUUGACCAAUACGUCGACUUCGACCACAUUCGCGCCAACACCUAUGCGACUGAGCCAGAGAGACCAGUCGAGUUGGUUCUCGGCGAAACCGGCUUCGAUGUUCAGGUUCGGAAACCUAAAGUGGUCUCCACCAUCGCCACUGCUGGCCAAUGGAAUACAGCCUUCUGGAUCUAUUCGGAGGCAGUCAACAGCGCUUUCCAAGGACGAGCAGCAGAACUCCAAACCUAUCAUCGUCUUAUCAACGCAGCCUUCGCGAGUACUCAUUAA